ACCUGACUCUCGCUAUUUUAAAGGAGGGGCGUGGCCGCAGCGGAGGCCUCCCCCUCACGUGACCCCGACUCGCAAGGCGCAGGCGCGGCCCAUCGGGGUCGGUCAAGGUCUGCGCCUGCGCGGGCUCGCUCGCUCGCCGAUCCGGCGGCCGGCGGCUACCGGGCGUGGGGCCGGCGCCCGCGGCGAUGGGAAACCCAGUUAUCAAAAUGACUUCAGAGAAGAGAACCUAACAUCCAUUAACAAUGGAAAAAAUUGAAAAUGCUACCAAAAAGCUACCAUUCCUCAAAACACCAGGCCCAGAUGGUGUCACAGGUUAAAAAAAAUCCUUCAUGAAGAAGACAGAUCUUAAGCCACAUGAUGGAUUCAGAAGCGCAUAAAGAGAGGUCGCCAAUCAUAACAUCUUCAAAACAAGAUAUAUCACCUCAUAUUACAGAUGCUUGUGAAAGGAAACAUUAUUUGUGUGGCUGCUGUGCAGCUUUCAGCAACGUAGCGAUCACAUUUCCCAUUCAGAAGGUCCUCUUUCGGCAACAGCUGUAUGGCAUCAAAACCAGGGAUGCAGUGCUUCAGUUGAGGAGGGAUGGAUUUCGAAACUUGUACCGCGGAAUUCUUCCCCCAUUAGUGCAGAAGACAACUACACUGGCGCUUAUGUUCGGACUGUAUGAGGAUUUAUCUUGCCUUCUCCGUAAGCAUAUCCGCACCCCAGACUUUGUAACCCGUAGCAUGGCAGCCAUACUCGCAGGGACAACAGAAGCAAUUUUCACUCCAUUGGAAAGAGUUCAGGCACUGCUUCAAGACCACAAGCAUCAUGACAAAUUUACAAACACUUACCAGGCUUUCAAGGCACUGAAAUGCCAUGGGAUCGGAGAGUAUUACCGAGGCUUGAUACCGGUUCUUUUCCGUAAUGGGUUCAGCAACGUCCUGUUCUUUGGCCUCCGAGGCCCCAUCAAGGAGCACCUGCCCACCGCAACGACGUACAGCACUCACCUGGUCAAUGAUUUUAUCUGUGGAGGCCUGCUGGGCGCCAUGCUGGGAAUCCUGUUUUUUCCAGUUAACGUUGUAAAAACUCGCAUGCAGUCUCAGAUUGGUGGGGAAUUUCAGUCUUUUCCCCAGGUUUUCAAAAUAAUCUGGUUAGAACGAGACAGGAAACUGACAAAUCUCUUCAGAGGUGCCCAUCUGAAUUACCACCGGUCUCUCCUCUCUUGGGGCAUAAUCAAUGCAACUUAUGAAUUCCUGUUAAAAAUUACAUGAGAGAAAUAAUUAAGUGCCAUGUACCUACUGACUAGACUUUUAAAGAAGAAUGUAGUUUGGCCUUGUUCCUAAUUGGCCAAUAUAAGUUGGUGUCGAAAGUUCAGGGCACAAUGAAUUAUGGCAAAGCUGUUUUCCUUAAGCACCAACAAAUUCAGAAUAAAAGGUUUGAGUAGAAAAUUUUAAGGUUUUUUUUUGUUUUGUUUUUUAAAAUAUGUUUUUAUUGAUUUCAGAGAGAGGAAGGGAAUGAGAAACAUUAAUGAUGAGUAAGAGUCAUGGAUUGGCUGCCUCCCGCAUAUCCACUACUGGGGAGCCCGCAACCUAGGUUUGGGCUCUGGCUUGGAAGCGAUGCUCCAACACUACACCACAAUGGCCAGGCUGCUUUGUUUUGUUCCAGUUACCUGAGAAUUCUGGGCUAAUUGCUUGGUUAAUAGUUGUCUAUCUGAUGGAUGGUUUUUGAUGAGGAAACUAAUAGCCAAGAUAGUCUUUUGCCCCAAAUCUCUAAACCCUUAUUAAAACAUAGUGGCCAUGACCAGCAGAGAAAAGGCUCUUCGGUCUCCUUGGAUUCUCAGGCUUGCUUUUAUUACUCCAUUUCUUGCAUCUCUCCUCUUAGGAGGAGUUGCAAAGUGUAGUCUGCUAAACUUAAGCAUAUACACAAGGAGCAGGACAAGGAAGAAAGCUUAAUAAGUGUAAGCUUUUCAUGAUAAAUUGCUUGUAUUGGUUUUGAAACAGCACCUGUUAGGAUAAUCAUUAUUCACACUGCUUCUAUUUAGACAUGGUAGACUCCAGCAGCUAAUGAAAGCUCCAUUUGCUUUCUAGAUUUUAAAGCUUUCUGCUUAAUUCUAAAUGUGACCUUAAAGCUGUCCAAAAUAUCCCCAUGUUACUUUCACUUAUUCCAUUGCCAAAAUGUGGGGAGACUUAAAUUUUGUCAUAGGCAUUUCAUCUUAUUAAGUUUCAUAUUAAUUAUGUAAAGAUCAAACUCUCUUUAUCUCAAUUUCUUUGAGUUAUUGUUGCCAACUUAGCAAACAGCUUUGGGUUCCCCCCUCCCCCCCUUUGAGUACUAGUUUGUCUUAUUCAAAUAUUCUGUUCUCUUGAAACUCCUUUUAGAAAACACUUCCAUAAAACUUUAUUUUGAAAGUCUA